GUUCUCUUCCGAGACUCCUCGUCUUCGUUUCAACUUAGUUCUUGAGUGCGGUGUAAUAAGCAGGCGUGUCUCUAGAUUUCUGGAGUGCAUUUAGCUAUAGUGCAUGUCGUGGCACCAUGUUCAUGUCUCCUUACCGCCUAUUCAACCGUGUCAACUUGUUUUCAACCAAUUUGAAGUUCUUCAGCUGGCAAUGGACACGUGCUAAGCACGUCUCUCAUCCUCACACUCUCACCUUAUCCAAGGGGUCAUUUUUGAAACAUAAAAGUCAUAGAAGUAUCACUACUGACAUGUCCUUACUUCAGCACACUGGUACAUCAACGUUUUAUACCGAAUUAGCAGAGUUACCCCUUCCUGUGUCUGCUGAUUUCGUUGGUGGCGAUGUUGCACGCGUCACUUACUCCGUUCGCGACCAUCAGCGUAAUAUCAUGCGAUCCCUCACUAAGACUUUCCCCGGGGGCAUCACUUCCGAUCAUCAGACAACCUCCCACAAUUCCUCUGAAGUUAAGGCAUCUGCAACAUCUCCUUCCCAGUCUCGUCAGGCGAUCCUCCGAGAGGUUGCUAAUGGCACAAGUACGAAACGUUUCGUCGAAAUCUGGGCUGGUACUCAGAUGGAGGCUUCCUUGGAUGUCACAAAGUACCACGAUGCUUUCCAUACAGAUGAUUUCACAUCGUCUCUCUCCUUCUCCCCAUCCGAAACAUCCCUUCUAUAUACCGCCGAAGCAAACAUCAACAGCGACGAUAAUGCUUCGGAUGAUCCUUACCCCAAAUUUAUAUACACCCCGCACUUUGGUGAACCAUCUCGCGCGAAGAAAAGAUCGACCAUUUUUCUAUUCCGCUGGGUAAGGUCCACAGCCUUCGCCAAGGCUACUAAGCAGGACAUGUUGCUGGUUGCCCUUUCGCCGGCACAGCCUGCGCAAACACCUGUCCUGUUUGGUCAAGCUACUUUUGCGACGGAAAAUGUUAUCUACGCCAGUGGACACGAACACACCAAAGACGGACGACUACUGGGGGUUAAAUGGUGCUUCAAUCGUCCCAUGGGCAUAUGGGAGAUUAAACUUCCUGAGUCAGCAACCGUGCUAGGGACACCCUUUGGCACUAAAAUAUCGUGCAACUCAUUGAAGCUGACUCCGUCAGAACGGUCUUGUCGUUCACCUCGUGUAUUAUACGAUGACAGUCAGAAACCUAUUAAACUCUUCUGGUUCUCAAAUCCCGUCGGCGGUCCCCACGCAUCUUGCGUUUCUCUGGAAUCUCGCGAUCUAACCACGGGUACCAACAAGGUCCUCGUGGAUGCCGUGAUGGAACCUACCCCAGAAAAUGACUUUCCAGGCCUAUAUCCCAAUUAUAACAUGCCCUCCAGCCCGUUUUUGCGUCGUGCAGGCCGCACAUACAUCGUGCUCCACUCCUUAUGGCGCUCUCGUGCGACGAUCCUCUUCAUUGAUACAGAAUCAGGAGCGAUUUCAGACGAGAGCAAAGUGCAAGAUGGUGAACCUUUGUAUAGUUGGGACUUACAUACUACAGACGGCAAGACGCGCUUCAUCUGUUCAAGGAGUACGCCUACUACUCCACCUGAAGUAUUACUGGGAUACUUUGAUGAACACGAGAACCUUAAUUGGAAAGUCCUGGAUAGGCCAAUCAUGUCUUUCACAACUGAAAAUGCACUCCGUGAUCUUACUGCAUCGAUCAUACCCAUCGGUGCACGUCCUCCAACAGAGACUAUUGUAAUUCAAUCAAAUAAAGCUUCUACGAGACCUGGCCCGAAACCCAUCUGCGUUACCAUGCCACACGGAGGACCACAUGCAUCAAUCACAACAUCAUUCUACCCAGCUACUGCUGCACUAGCCUUAGAAGGAUAUACCAUCUCCCUUCCCAACUAUACCGGCUCCAUGGGAUUCGGGGAAAGAUACAUCCAAAAGCUUCUCGGGCACUGUGGAACAAUGGACGUACAAGACGUCGUAGAGAGCGUCAACGAACUCAUCCGGCUCGGUAUCUCAGAGCAUGGACGACAAGUUAUUCAAGGUGGAAGCCACGGCGGUUUCCUCGCCGCACACCUGAUCGGCCAAUACCCAACCCUAUUCAAUGCAGCAGUGAUGCGCAACCCCGUAAUUAGUGCCGGCGAAUUAGUAGCAGCGUCCGACAUUCCCGACUGGGCUUACGCUGAAUUUGGGCUCCAAUUUACCCCGGGCUCGCUUAUGAAGCCGGCCACAUUCCAAAAACUGUUCGAGGCAUCGCCUAUCGCGCACGUCGAUAAUGUACGCGCGCCUGUAUUGUUGUUGAUUGGAGAAGACGACUUGCGUGCGGUACCAGCGCAGGGGUUGAGGUUUUAUCAUGCGCUCAAGGGCAGGGAGAGGCGAGUAGAGAUGUUGUGGUUUAAGGGAGAGACGCAUCCGCUUGAUGGAGUUGAGGCGGCGAGGGUUUCAUGGGAGGCUGGAAGGGAUUGGUUUAAAAAGCUAGGGCAAAACCCAGCUGACUGAUGGCAAUAUGUAGGCACGAAUAAUGACGUGAAGGAUCUGAAUGUUGCCGUUGUGUCGUAGUGUUCAGGCUGGAAAGUACCUUGCGUGUUCGCCCCAGUCCUAUAGGAUUACUUCAUACUGACAGCAAUGUUGUAUACAUAUAUUCAUCGCUUAUCGUUGAAAACAUGUUUCCUAUUUUCCUC